GAGGAGGCGAUGAGGCUCCCGCUGGCUUUCGCCGUGCUCCUCCUGGCCUCGUCGCAGGCGUUGGGCGAGGAGAUGGGAACCACCGAUGACCUCAGCUACUGGUCCGACUGGUCCGACGGUGAUCAGGCGAAGGAGGAGCUGCCGCUGCCCCUGGAGCACUUCCUGCAGAGGAUGGCCCGGAGACCCCGGCCCCAGCAGUUCUUCGGCCUCAUGGGCAAGCGGGAUGCCGGAUAUGGCCAGAUCUCUCACAAAAGGCAUAAAACAGACUCCUUUGUUGGACUUAUGGGCAAAAGAUCUUUAAAUUCUGGGUCCUCCGAAGGAGGUGUAGCACAGAAUUACGAAUGGAGGCGUAAAUGA